GUUACUCCCCCUGUUAUAAUAUGGCAAAGACAAACUCAAUUCCAGUUGCCCUUUUAUGUUACAACAACCAGAUAUUAGGGCGUCACGUCGUCAUAGACGCUUACAGAGCCAAAGAAUCUAGUACCACAACCUGUCUAUGUACAGUGUCCAGUGAUAAACCUAAUACACUGAACUUCACAAACUACAACGGCGUCCAUCCUGAGAAAGGGUGUGGGAGUUCUGUAAUAGUUCAAGCUGAUGGUACAAGUUUUUCAAUGAACUGUUUUGUGACUGACAAGCAGCUUCAAAUUAAUGGGUCAGAUGUUAAAAUUAAUCUAGAGGAUCCACGGCUAACCUCCGACACAAGUUACUGUAUAUCUGUUGAAUCAGCUGAUUCAUCUGCCAUGCUAAACAUCUCUUGUGAAGGAGACACUUUACCUUCUUCAACAACAACACUAUUUCCUCCAACAACCGAGCAGGAAGAGACUUCUUCAUCUUCCCUGACAACUGGAAGUCAGACAACCACGGACACAAGUCUGUCAUCACCUAUAACAACAGCACAAAUUACAACCACAACAUCAACCGCCUCACAAAGUCUAUCAACAUCAACUCAAUCGUCAGUUCCAACAGAAGAAAGCACCUCAUCACUCUCAACAACAGCUUCUCAAACCUUACCCGCGUCAUCCCAGGCAGCAACAACUGGAGCUUUAAUGACAACGGCAGCUACUUCAAUAGACACUGUGACAACUUCAUCUUCAUUCCAGACAGUGACCACAUCUGAAAUUUUAACCACUACAUCAAAUAUUGUCACUAGUGGUCUUACCACAGAAAUAGAUACAACCACUGAAGACAAGACCACUGACAAUGACGUAACUAAGGAUAGGCCAGAGUCCACCACUGGAAAUAACGUCAUAGAAUCAUCAACUGCUCCCACUCAAACCCCAGCUCUCACAACAACGAAAGACGUGGCAGACUCGACAACAGCUCGAUCUCAAACUUCAAAGUCUGUAACAACGCAAAACUUGACCUCAACAGCUACUGAGCAGGUGUCAAAACAACCAGUGACGUCAACGUCAUCAUCAGCAAUAUUGACAUCUACCGACGGUAUCCAGAGUACCACUACAAAGAGAACGACGCCAUUUGUAACAACUAGUAAACCCCUUCCGGAGCGGGGGACUCCAUGGAGUGGAAUAAUUCCAGCAAUAUUACUUGGAAUAAUACUUCUCGUUGUAUUGGUUUUUGCCUUCAUCAAAUGCCAAAGAAGCCGAGAGAUAAAGUAUCCUAAAGAUAAUGAGAACAUCUCCAUUGAUAAAUAUCCAUCCAUGGGAGAAACAAACUUUGGUUAUGAUGCUUAUGACGAGGGACCUGACAUUAAUGCAGAGUUUACGAAAAUUCCCGAGGAAAUUGAAAUAGAUGGUAUUGUUUUAUCAAACACUACCAUAGAUGAUGUAGAAUCCCACGUACAACCCCACAACUUAACAGAAGGACCAUUUGUUAGAUAUAAUGUGAAAGAUUACCGGGCGAGUGGAAAUAUUCCAAAGUACGCUGUUGUCAAUAAAGGCACUCAAAACGGACCUGAUAUUUAUUUCUAGCAAGUAGUAAUUGCGAAAGUUAAUAGAACUGAGUUGUUGAAUUUGUUCUGAACCCCAGAACCUUAGCAGCUUCAAUAGUAAUGUACUCUGUUCAGUGAUAUAUAAGAUGCUAGUAGUACAUUGACUCCAUUUGAAUUAACAGUACGCAUUUACAUCAUGAUCAAAGGUGUUUGCCUUGGAAAAUAUUCUCAUUCAACCAGUAUAUCAUACUGAUGGAGAAAAUAUUUCACGUCACAAAACUCGAUUGAAUGAAGAAUUAAAUAGAAUUUAUCUUAAUGGCAACUAUUGUUAUUAUCAGCAUUACAAUACAUAUGGUGCUCUCAUUUUAUUUGUACACAUCAUUCAUGCGUUUGCAAGGGAAAGUCAGGGUAAAAUUUUCAUUUGAAGAUUCAAAAAAUCAUGACAUCAUAAGUUAUUUGUUUAUCUGAUUGUGCAAUUUUUGCAGUUAAGCAAUUUUUAUGAUUUUUUUGUAAUCACAUGUGUAAUUAAAUGAGAGAAAAUUAAAUGCAUACAUUUGGAACAAAUAUGUCCGAAUUUAUAUGCUUUUUACUGUUAUUGUAGAAUUUUCAGACGUGUGUUGUGGAUUUAUUUGUAUAUGGGAUUCUUUAAAUUACAAGACAUGAAUGUAUAUUUUCAUUAUUCACCUAAAGUUAUUACCA